AUGGCAAAGGGGAGAGGGAAAGCGUUAAAGGUUGAAGAACUUUUGAAUCAUUCUAUCUCAAAUAAAGGUGUUAAGAAAUAUAUUAAGAAGAAGAAGUCAAGGAAGGAAAAUGAAACUUCGAAUUCGAAAGUUUCCCGUUCUUCUUCAAGCCAAGAACCUGUUAGUAUUCCAACACAAGACUCAGUUACAUCUUUGAUCCCUCCCAGCAAUGAUCAGGAGAAGUAUAAAGAAACGGAGGAAAAGAAACAUGUCUCUGGAUUCAUUUUUAUGUGCAAUGGAAAAACAAAGUCGGAAUUUGUGAAGAAUAUAGCUCCUGAUGCCAAGCUAUUUCUUUUUGACACCAACUUGAAGCUUCUCUAUGGCAUUUACCAAGCUAGUAGUAAGGAAGCAUUGGAUUUGGAACCAAGAGCUUUCGAUGGCCAAUUUCAAGCACAGGUGAAAUUUAAGAUAUUCAAGGAUUGCUUACCUCUUCCCGAAAGUGCUUUCAAAAAGGCUAUUAAAGACAAUUAUGAUGGUCAUCGGAAAUUCAGACAGGAACUCAGUAGCACACAGGUAAAACAUCUAAUUUCCUUGUUCCGCCCUAUUGCCAAGAAUAAAACAUCUCAUAAGGAAUCACACGUUUGUCCAAAUGUGGCGAAUAGGCCAUCAUUUAGGUCUACACGAACUAAAGUGGUUAAAUCAUAUCCUCUUGAGAACUUGUCGUCUGCAGUGCACUACUUUCCAGACAUUGAGACAAGGCCUCAACAUGAUCACUACCUUCCGGACAUUGAGUCAAAGUCUCAACAUGAUGUUCGUCAUGUGCAGUAUGAUCCAUUUGAACCAGGACUACAUUUCUCUCAUUCACAAGUGCAGCCUAGGCUUGUAAGAGUAGAAGCCCCUCCCCGUCAUGUUGAAGCUUAUCAUCCAGAGCAUGCACAUGAAGCAUAUUUUCGUGAAAAUUCUUUAAGAUACCCUCCAAAUUCAUAUGAAAGUAUUCGCAAUCCGAUCGAGACCUAUGAUAAUGGAGAUCUCCGGGAUGUGUAUGGGCGCAGGUAUCAUGCACCACAUUUGCAGUCUGAUCGAGUAGAUGAUGCUCGCAUAGAUUUUAUUCCUCGUUACUACAGCCAAUGGCUGUCUCCUACGGCCUCACAUACUGCUCCUCUGUCACAAGCAGCAUAUCAUUCACAGAAUAGGUUGCCAUCUCCAUAUCGCUCACAGCACAGGUUUCCAUCUCCGCAUCGCUCUUACUAUUCACCGGUGGCCUCUCAGGAUGGGGGGAGAGAUUACGCUGGUUUGCCUCAAGGAGGACCAGCUUCUGGUAGUCUUAGCUAUGGUAUGGUGAAGCAAAUUUGCCACUCUCUUAUUAUGACAAUUCAUCUGCUACUAGGCUAA